AUGGCAUCUGUUUGUACAACUUUAGCAAUUAUAGGAAUGAUUUAUAUUUCUCCUGUUCUGAUACCAGCGCUGUUUUUGGUGGGGGUAUUGUAUGAUCUUUUCAAUUCAGAGCUGCCACCUGGGAUUGACCAACCUCUAAAGCUCCGUUUUUGCAAUGCCGUGAUGAUUUCAGCCAUGAUCGCGGGAAAGAUAUUGCAGAAGGUGGGGAUCUGCAAUGAAUUCACUGUACUGCGAGUACUGCUCGAUGGAAUACCCCCCUGGAGAGACUCCAAACUGCUUAUCAAAGAUCUCAAAGUAGAUGAGGUACCCCUGAGGAUUUAUCAGCCCAAAAGCCCACCCACUGGCAAAAGAAGAGGAAUUCUGUAUUUUCACGGAGGCGCUGGCACAUUUGGGAGCAUUAGAGCCUUUGAAAGAAUAUGCCGCUAUAUGGCCAAAAAAUGCAACUCAGUGGUUGUGUCUGUUGGGUACCGUUUGGCUCCAGAACACCCAUACCCAGGGCAGUACUUUGACUGUCUCAAUGCCACCUUGUACUUCAUGAGGAAUUUAGAAGAGUACCACGUGGAUCCUGCUCUCAUCAUCGUUAGUGGGGACAGCUGUGGAGCUAAUUUCGCUACGGUUAUUUGCCAAAUACUGCUGAAUAAUCGAGAUCUGCCAAAAGUACGUGCUCAGGUCUUGCUUUACCCGGGGCUGCAGGGGCUGGAUUUCCAGCUGCCCUCCUACCAGCAGAACGCUUCAGUGCCCAUCUUGUAUCGGAAGCUGGUUCUCUACUUCUGCUUUCGUUACCUUAACAAAGAACCUAAAUUUCUGAAAGAUAUCCUGCACAACUGUCACGUUUGUGAGAGCGUGAGGAGCAAGUAUAAAAAAUGGGUGAGUGCUGACCUCGUUCCUGAUGAAUUUAAGAUUAGAGGCUACGUACCCCCGACACCCCCGUCGUACAAACCUGAAGUCUAUGAAACUAUCAAGGAAGUUUUAGCACUGACAUUUUCCCCACUUUUAGCUGAAGAUUCUGUUAUUUGCCAGCUCCCAGAGGCCUACAUUGUGACCUGUGAGUUUGAUGUGCUGAGGGAUGAUGGACUGUUAUACAAGAAGAGACUAGAGGACAAUGGUGUUCAAGUGACCUGGUAUCACUCUGAGAGUGGCUUCCAUGGAAUUCUAGCCUUUUUUGGCUAUGGGAUUUUUUCCUUUCUUUCUGGAAAAAAGAUAGUGGAUAAUCUGGUGAAUUAUAUAAACAGUUUAUAG